CAUCUUGGCACCUUAAUAUCAAUGUUUUUCGUAAAAUAAAAAUUGUAAAUGAACACUGUGUGAGCGUGAGACAAGUAUCGCUGAAUUUGACUAGACUCUGAUGAAUAGAAGGGUGCGUUUUCUGUGAGCUAACCCAGUUAAUGGACCCUAAUCCCCAGUGGAUCCUUGUUGAUAUAACGCAACCUCCGUCCCUACAUCGUGUCAUUAUCAGUGUAAACAGACACGCAUUUUGUCAGCCUUGGUGCUGCAGCCACGCUGUCAGGUAUUUAUUUUGUACUUGCCAUUCACCCGAUGAUAAGAAAAUCUAAUUUUAGAUCCAACCACCUCUAUAGCGCUACGUAAUGAUGGACAUGUGGUUCCUACACAAAAAUGCUAAUUCCAAAGUAUGUAUUCAAUAUUUUAUGAGAUGAAUUACAACAAAAGAGCAAUAAAUAUAAUAAGAUACAGUCUUAUGCCGUUUAUAUUGUUUACUUCAGUUUUGAUGAUCUAUAGAAUUGGCCCUAUGUUCGUCCGUACUACUCGCGAAUUAUAUUAUGUUUUACAUCAAUGAAGAUGAAAUCCUAAUGUACUAGUAAGCUGUAACCAGGGCUGUUAACACAGAAAUAUACACCCUUGAAGUGUGCAUGCGUGGAUUCUGUUCAUGCUGGCUGGCAUUCAGUCUCAGGCAUAAAGAACACUGGUGUGCUCUUACUUUACCUCAUUAUCACUAAUUUACCACUGCUAUGUCCACCAAGUUUCAUAGAGUGGAACUGACACCAUCUGCAUUUUAACCUACAGUAAACUUGGCUAACACCAAGACAGAGAUGAGUUAACAUACUAUUUCCAGUAGAAGCAUCAAAGGUACAUCAACCACUUACCACAGAGGUAUCAGGGAAAAUUUUACUUCAUUCCAGCAGUUUGGCUCUUACUAUGAUACAUUAAGAAUUUACAGCAUGCAGAAUGGAAAUACCACUUUUGCUUACUUCAACUCAGAAGACAAUCAGGGAGAAAAUGAAAAUCAGUGUAACACCCCUUGUUCUACAAAGUCAAUCCCCAAUGGUGAUCCAGGGACCUCACCCUGUUGUGCACAUUGUAGGAACUCGGAUGUAAAUUAUAAUAAAAGAAUGGGCCAAGAAGAGAUUGUAAAUGUCAAUGUUGGUGGAGUUGUGUAUACUACUUCUCGCUCCACUCUAUUAAGAUAUCCAGAUUCUAUGCUAGGAGCCAUGUUCAGUGGUACAAUGCCAACAACAAGAGAUAACAAAGGAAAUUAUUUUAUUGAUCGAGAUGGGGUUCUUUUUCGAUAUGUGCUUAAUUUCUUAAGAUCAGGAGAUCUGAGUUUGCCUGAAAACUUUAUCGAGUUCUCUCAACUCCUCAAGGAGGCUGACUUUUUCCAGAUCAAACCUUUAUUGGAUUGUCUGCAUGAGAUGACCAAGCAAGAGGAACCACCCCCUCCUCCAAAGGAACCUUCCUCAGGAGGAUUUUACCUGGAAAUCAAGGAGAGUGCUGCACAUUCCAUACAAAUUAUAGGCCCUCAGGGUCCAAAUGAGUCCACUGUCCAAGAAUUAUUACCCAAAGAAUUGAUCAAGCAUAAUACUGAGAAGUCAAAAUGGGGGGCCAAGGGUACCAGUGGUCAGUCCACCCGACUAAUGUAUGGGUCCAUGUUACUGCAGGCUGGAUGGAAGUUUGUUUGCCUGUUCAUCAGGUCAGAUAACACUAUCAUUGAAAAGUGGUUUCUGGCACAAUCCCUGGCAACUGCCCAGCAGACCCAAGGCACAAACACUGGUCCUGAUAUACUAUACCGCCUGCAGCAUCUCUCAGAUGAACUUUCUUUUCACUGGCCUCAAGGUGUUCAGGGCCUGAUUGUCCUUUGUAUUGACCCAUGGUUUGGUGCUGGAUUCAUUAAUGGAAUUAUCCAGUUUGUCCAAUUGGAUCAAGAGAGUUAUUCACAGGGAGAGUGCAAGCACAGAUAUAUUACUUCAUCAAGCUGCCUCCACUCACUGGCCUAUAUGCAGUCCUACAGGAACAGUUCAUUCAAGGUGUAUGUGCCCACUACCAUGUCAGGGUACGAGAUUGUCAACCUCAACGUGGGCGGGGUGAUAUAUACGACCACUAUCGCAACUUUAACAAAAUAUCCAGAGUCCAUGCUGGGGGCCAUGUUUAGUGGGAAUAUGCCAACGGCACACGAUGACCGUGGAAACUAUUUCAUCGACAGGGAUGGCAGCAUGUUCAGACAUAUUUUGAAUUUUUUACGUUCAGGACAAUUGGAUCUGCCAGAAGAUUUUAAAGAACAUAAGCAGCUUCAAAGAGAGGCAGACUUUUACCAGAUUCAGCCCCUUUUAGAUAUUCUACGCAACAGACAGACCAAUCAGGGAGGAGGUUACUUCCUAGAAAUCAAGGAGAAUUCUCAGACAAAUAGGGUGACCCUGUUGGGUCCCAAGGGUCCUUCCUCUGGGGAUCGACCAGAUAUCUUGCCAACUGGACUACGGAAACAUAACAAUGAAUCGCGAUGGGGAUUUACACCUACUAUGAGACUUUUAUAUGGGGCAAUACUUCAGAAAUCUGGCUGGACAUUAGUCUGUGUUCACAGGGAUAAAUAUUCUAUUUGUGAAAAAUGGUAUUUGCCGAUGAGGAUGUCUGAGGACCUAGUUCACCUCAAUAUUGGAGGUGUUCACUUCACUACCACAAAAUCCACUCUGACACGCUAUGCAGAUUCCAUGCUGGGUGCCAUGUUCAGUGGUGCCAUGGCAACCACAGUGGAUGAAAAGGGACAUUAUUUCAUUGACAGAGAUGGUGACAUAUUUCGCUACAUCUUAAACUUUCUGCGAUCAUCUCGUUUAAGUUUGCCGGAGGGUUUCAAGGAUUUGGAUCUCCUAGCUGCUGAGGCUGAUUUCUACCAAAUUCAGCCUAUGAUCCAAGCUGUUAAUGAUUACAAGAAGAAACACCAGCAAGCUACAUGCACUGCAGGGUGUUACUUGGAGGUAGUGGAGAUCAGGACAGGGUCAACAGCAACUAUGCCCACCAACAAUGCUCGUGUUAAGACAAUCAUCUCUGGACGCAAAGAUCUCAUUAUGUCACUGCCUCUCACAACAACAGAGGGACAGUUUGAAAAACUACAGAAUUGCCAAGCUUCUGAUUUCAUAGAACUGGAAUUAAAUGGGAGCAAUAUUAGGUUAAAACUGGCUGAGCAUCUACAGAACUCUGGAUGGACGCUGACCAAUGCUAACAUGUCCUCCUCCUCUGGGUAUGAUACCAAGUCUAUAGUGAGCAGCCUGAUGAUAGAGCACAGCUACAGGGACCGCUGGUUCUUUCCACAGGAAGAAAACAUGGAGGAUAUGAUGGACCAGUUUUCUCAGAAUGAUAUGCAGCAAUGAUAUGAAACUAACUAAUACUUGUUAUUUCUUGGUUAUAGUGUUAUGGAUGGCUUGGAACAGGACUGCUUUGUCAUGUAUUUCAGAACUGAGAGAGGGGUCAAUAUUAUUCAGUGAUUAUUAAGUUACAUACAUUUCUAUUUAUUUCUGCAACCAACACACAACCCUCUGUACCUAUCACUGAAUUUAGCUGUGUCAAAACCAGGUUCAUUUUGUAAUAAUAUUUUAAGUUUUUUUUACAAGUGUUAAAUUGGAUGUUUUCCUUAAGGUUGAAAUUUUUUUAAGAUGCAGAAAAAACAUCAUGCACCACAGACUAUAGAGGAAGAGUAGGAAUAUAUACAUUUUGUUAAUUUUCAAUGUUUUUUCUCCAACUUUGCACAAUUUACAAGUUGUCAGGGUACCACAACUUCUUACCUGUAUUUUAUAAAUUGCUGUUAUAUCAGCAUCAGUCCACUACUCCCAGAUCCAAGGUCUCUCUUCCACAAAUAUCCAGAACACCUGUAUAACAUAACAGUCCUAGUACCCUCACCUGGAGACCAGACAUUAAAAUGAAGGCAAGGUGGGGAUUAGUGUUAUGAAAUGAUUAUAAUAUCUGAGUGCAUUAAUGGUUAGAACGUUUAGAUUAAUCUUGGAGAUUUUAUGCCCUUUUUAUUAGGAUAGCAUUUUAACCAGUUUCUUUUGUCAAAGUGUUUGUUCUUUUUUUUUUUUUUUCUUUUUUCACAAGAACAGCAAAUAUUGUUUUCUUUAAGUUUAUUUGUUUAAGAAUUUGUGCAGGUGUUUGAGAGAUUUGAAUAUUAUUUAAUCAUUGCCAAUUCUUUGAUCCUAUACUGAAGAUAUGGUUUUGUACAGAUUACAUUUGAUGUAGAGACAACUUUGACUGAGACCCUUUUUUUCUCCCGUUUUUCUCUUGUUCUUUAUCAAAGCUCUUUUAAAGCUAAGUGGCUAUUCAAAUGUUCAUGUAGACAAAACAACUUGAAUGUUUCCAAAGUGCUUCAAUUCAGAACCUGAUAUUCGACUGAAAUUCUCUCCCGAUUAUGUGGAUCUUGGAAAAUGUCAAGUAGUAAAACCCCUUGAGAUUGUUUACUUUCACACAGAUGGAAGUAUCUCUCUUUCUGUCAUCAUGGCUUCUUACUGAUGGUUACCACUAUCUGAAUGAAUGUAAGCAAUCAAUAAAAAAAAGUAUCUACGGAAAUGCAGAUUGCCUCAGUUGUGACUCACAAUAGCUGUGUCUGUCACAUCCUCUGGAAAACAGCUACACCUUGUGUUUCUACAAAAAGGUUUGAUAUGCACUGGUUGUUUCAUUUAACUGCCAAGUUCAUAUUUUAUGAUUUUUGGAAAUACCAGACUCACUCACAAGUGCACUUCCCACAGUUUAACUGCAGUGAUAUUAACAAUGUACAUUUGUCACAACUUGGUACUCAAUGUGCCCACUUUACUGUACAGAACAUUAAACUUGACUUAUAUUUCCAAACAAAUGUCAACUCAUUUGAUGUU